AUGACGAUUCAGGAGAAGCAGCCUUCGGGCUUACAUCUCGAGUCGCAUCUCGAGUCGCGAAUUGACCGCCUCGACAGACACGGCUUCUUGUUCGGCAAGAAGCUCACAGCAUCCAUGUCGCCGCUCCUACACGACGUUGUGUACCAGGGGCUCGGCCUCAACUGGGAGCAGAUCCGCCUCGAUUCCACUGAUAUGGACCGUUUCCUGAGGUUAAUACGCCACCCCAAGUUCUACGGCGCCUCAAUCACCAUGCCACACAAAGUCGCCAUCCUCCCGCACCUGGACGAGCUCACCGAGGAGUGCCGGGACGUGGGCGCCUGCAACACGCUCUUCCUGCGCCAGCUGCCCGACGGCCGCCGCCUUUUCUGCGGUGCCAACACAGACGUCAUCGGCAUCCGCGAUUCCUUCGUUCAAAACGUCCCGGACCCUUCCGUCUACGAGCACCGCCCCGCCAUGGUGAUCGGCGGCGGCGGCGCGGCCCGGUCCGCCAUCUACGCCCUGCACAAAUGGCUCAAGGCGACCCGCAUCUACGUCGUUAGUCGCGACAGCAGCGAGAUUGCCGCCGUCGUCGCCGAGUGCAACGAGCGGUCCUACGGGGACCGCAUCGUCCACGUCGAGACGGCCGAGCAGGCGGAGCGCCUCGAAGGACCCGGCGCCAUUGUGUCGUGUAUCCCCGACUUCCCGCCCGUCACCGACGCCGAGAAGGAGUUGCGGCGUAUUACCGAGGUCGUGCUGCGCAAGGAGAGAAAGGGCGCCAUGCUGGAGAUGUGCUACAAUCCUUCGCCUUUCACGUCCCUUGGCGCGCUUGCCGAGUCUGAGGGCUGGCAGGUCAUUUUGGGAACUGAGGCGCUCAUCUGGCAGGGGAUCGAGCAGGACAAGUAUUGGACUGGCCGUGAUACCAGUGAGCUUCCUGUGGCUCAGGUCAAGGAGACAAUUGCCAAAAGAUUAGCAGAGAUCUCCAAAAAAUAG